AUGCUGCACCAGCCUGGAGUUCCCCGACCAGUGCUGGAGUAUGCUGCACCAGCCUGGAGUUCCCCGACCAGUGCUGGAGUAUGCUGCGCCAGCCUGGAGCCCCCGACCAGUGCUGGAGUAUGCUGCGCCAGCCUGGAGCCCCUGACCAGUGCUGGAGUAUGCUGCACCAGCCUGGAGUUCCCCGACCAGUGCUGGAGUAUGCUGCACCAGCCUGGAGUUCCCCGACCAGUGCUGGAGUAUGCUGCACCAGCCUGGAGUUCCCCGACCAGUGCUGUAGUAUGCUGCACCAGGCUGGAGCUCUUCGACCAGUGCUGGAGUAUGCUGCACCAGCCUGGAGUUCCCCGACCAGUGCUGGAGUAUGCUGCACCAGCCUCGAGUUCCCCGACCAGUGCUGGAGUAUGCUGCGCCAGCCUGGAGCCCCUGACCAGUGCUGGAGUAUGCUGCACCAGCCUGGAGUUCCCCGACCAGUGCUGGAGUAUGCUGCACCAGCCUGGAGUUCCCCGACCAGUGCUGGAGUAUGCUGCACCAGCCUGGAGUUCCCCGACCAGUGCUGGAGUAUGCUGCACCAGCCUCGAGUUCCCCGACCAGUGCUGGAGUAUGCUGCACCAGCCUGGAGCUCUUCGACCAGUGCUGGAGUAUGCUGCACCAGCCUGGAGUUCCCCGACCAGUGCUGGAGUAUGCUGCACCAGCCUCGAGUUCCCCGACCAGUGCUGGAGUAUGCUGCGCCAGCCUGGAGCCCCUGACCAGUGCUGGAGUAUGCUGCACCAGCCUGGAGUUCCCCGACCAGUGCUGGAGUAUGCUGCACCAGCCUGGAGUUCCACGACCAGUGCUGGAGUAUGCUGCACCAGCCUCGAGUUCCCCGACCAGUGCUGGAGUAUGCUGCACCAGCCUGGAGCUCUUCGACCAGUGCUGGAGUAUGCUGUACCAGCCUGGAGCCCCCGACCAGUGCUGGAGUAUGCUGCACCAGCCUGGAGCCCCCGACCAGUGCUGGAGUAUGCUGCACCAGCCUGGAGCCCCCGACCAGUGCUGGAGUAUGCUGCACCAGCCUGGAGCCCAUACCUCAAGACGCAGCAGACGAAGAUAGACAAAGUACAAAAGUUCUUAACAAGACAGCACCCAAAAACCAAAACGAGCGUUGAAGAAUGA